AUGUCGAAAGUCGUUCGAAAGGACUCUGGCAAUCAUUACUCCGUGGAGCACUCGGCGAGCAAACAAUUGGCCAGUGGGACGAGUGCCGAUUUUGCAAAAGCAAUAGGUUCCCGAUUUGUAUAUAGCAUUCAGCUCCCAAAAGAAUCCAAAGAUUUAUUAGAAAAGGAUGCUUUCAGUCUGGUUGCUUCGGGAGUUAGAAAACUGAAAAAAAUGCGAGAUACUCGAAGUGCUCGAUCUAAGGCUCUGAAACACCAAAUACGGAUCGAGAAUAUUACUUGUGCACUUUUGUUGGCGUUUGUUUUCGUUUGCUUACUGGCGUUGGCCGCCGUGGCUAGCGCAGGCUACAUUAGCUCUGGCUGGUCCAGCGGAGGAGGCGGCGGCGGCUGGUCCGGCGGCGGCGGAGGCGGCGGCUGGAAAAGCGGAGGAGGAUGGUCCAGCGGCGGACUCAGUGGAUGGUCCGGCGGUGGCGGUGGUGGAUGGAAGAGCGGAGGUGGCGGUGGAUGGUCUAGUGGCGGAGGAGGUGGUGGAUGGAAAAGCGGUGGCGGAGGGGGAUGGUCCGGCGGCGGACUCGGUGGAUGGUCCGGCGGCGGCGGCGGAGGAGGAUGGAAAUCAGGCGGAGGCGGCGGCGGCUGGUCCGGCGGCGGUGGUAGCGGUGGUGGUGUUAAAAUCAUCAAAAUCAUAACCACCGGAGGCGGCGGUAGUGGCUACGGAGGCGGCGGCUGGAGCAGCGGCGGUGGUGGAGGCGGAUGGAAGUCAGGCGGAGGCGGAGGCGGUUGGUCAAGCGGCGGAGGCGGCGGUGGAUGGAAAUCAGGAGGAGGAGGCGGAGGUGGCUGGUGGUAA